AUGCCUCUUCGUUCGUAUUUUCCUCUUCGUUGGGAAAGCACGGGCCAACAAUGGUGGUACGCAUCACCAAUCGAUUUAGCAGCAUCAAACGGCCACUACGAUCUCGUCAUCGAGCUUCUCCACCUCGACACAAACCUCCUCAUCAAACUCACUUCCCUCCAAAGAAUCCGCCGCUUCGAAACUCUCUGGGACGACGACGAGUCACAGUUCCACGGCGUCGCCAAAUGCCGCUCCCACGUCGCCAGAAAACUCAUGCUCGAAUGCGAAACCGGAAACAGAAACUCUCUUGUUAAAGCUGGAUACGGUGGAUGGCUUCUUUACACUGCUGCUUCUGCUGGUGACGUGGAUUUUGUUACUGAUUUGUUGAUAAGAGAUGGUUCUCUUGUUUUUGGUGAAGGUGAGUAUGGUGUUACGGAUAUUUUGUAUGCUGCUGCCAGGAGUAAGAAUUGUCAGGUUUUUAAGAUUGUGUUUGAUUAUGCAAUGUUGAAAAAUAGUGGACGAGAGUUGGAUUUGGAUGAGGUUUUUAAGAUUGAUAUCGUUAAUAGACUUGUUCAUGCCGCGGCUAGAGGUGGUAAUUGGGAGAUACUGAAUCAGUUUCUUGAAAGUGUUCAUGACGUUUUAGUUUAUAGAGAUUCUUAUGGAUGCACUGUUUUGCAUUCAGCCGCGGCUACCGGACAAGUUGAGGUGGUGAGAAAGCUACUUGAAUCUUUUGAUAUUAUCAACUUAACCGAUGAUCGCGGGAACACGGCGUUACAUGUAGCUUGUUACAGGGGUUACUUACCUGUGGUAGAGAUUCUAAUAGAUGCAUCUCCUUCACUGGCACUGUUAACCAACCAUGAUGGUGAUACUUUACUUCAUUUGGCAGUGGCUGGUUUUAAGAGUCCUGGUUUUUGUAGACUAGACAAGCAUGCCGAACUCAUGAAGCAAUUGGUAAGUGAAAAGAUUGUGAAGACACGAGAUAUCGUUAAUGUUAAGAACAACGAUGGAAGAACUGCUCUUCAUGUAUCCGUGAUUGAUAACAUCCAAGUUGAGGUAGUGGAAUUGUUGAUGUCUUUGCCUUCAAUUGAUUUGAACAUUUGUGAUGUUGACGGGCUGGCCCCUUUAGAUCUUUUGAAGCAAAGGUCACGAUCGACGUCUUCCGAUUUUUUAAUCAAAAGGUUGAUUUCUGCGGGAGGGGUGAAUUGUGAACUUAUGUCGAACAAUUCUGAAUCAAGUUGUACUGUGAAGCCGCUGCAGAAGAUUCAAAUCGGUGUAAAUGGAACCAGUCCCGGUACUUCAUUUAGAAUACCAGAUGCAGAGAUAUUCCUGUACACUGGCAUUGAGAAUGCAUCUGAUGCCAAUUAUGUCCAAACAAGUCCUGAAUCACAUUCCUGCUCAAGCGAACUAAGUAACAACUCUGAUGGUGCCAAUUCUCCAUAUAACAACAAAUCUAGUUCUGUUAAUAAUGCUGCAAGACGCUUAAAGUUUCUUCUAAGGUGGCGUAGGAGAAAAGACCGAAAAGCAGCUUUCUCAGAUUUGGAAGAUGAUGAUUCUCUUGAUCCUUUUAGUUCAAGUAGAAACACGGAUGAGUUUUCAAUCCCAUUAAGGCAAAGAUACUCACACUCAUGUUCCUCCCUUAGAACACAUUCUAUAAGGAGUUUUCUUCCAAGUCCAUCUUCCAAAAUGAAUUUCGCUACAGGCCUCAUCCAAGGAGUAAUUCAGCUAAACCCACACGUUUCUCUUCCUGCUCAUUCAACUCCUAAUCUUUUUCAAGAAUUGUCGGUGGUUUCUCUUUCUUCGAUCAAUAAACAAAAGAAUCUUGAUAUAAUUGGACCCUCUUGCUCAAAUCGAUUGGACUACAAACAAGAUUCUUUCAAUAAGAAAUUGAUGAAUCCCUAUCUUUCUUUUGGAGCACAAGGCCUGAUGAACAUCGAAGAUUCAAAUAGCCGUGAAUCAAAUCGGAGUUAUAAGCGUUUCAGUUCGUUAGUUGCAUAG